AUGGCUUUCAGAUUUGGUAUUCCAAAUAUUGCAUUUCGUAAACGAAUGUCAUGGUUUGAUUUUACUCUUGCUUGUAUAAUAGGUGUUAUAGGUGGUAUUUAUACAUUUAAACCAGGUCUUAAAGAAGCAAAAGAUGUUCUUGAAAGACGUGAAGCAUUAAAAGAAAUUCAAGCUAGAAGACAAGCUGAAGCUGAAAAACAACUUAAAUUACAAACAAUAAAAUAA